AGGAAACAAAACGAACAGAAAAGUAAUUACAUAAAAAAUAUGAAGAAGCGCCAUUAGUGGCAACGUUACGCAGCAUGGUGAAGUCCGAUGCUUCAAAUAGUUAUGCUGGCUUAAAAACACCAAGGAAAGCAUACAUAAAAACAGUUUGUCAAAAUGAGUUUAUCAAGAUUUUGCUUGUGAUAUCGUGGCUGACAAUAAACAUAUUUUUAUACAUAUGGUCAUUUCUUACUUACAGAAACGAUGAUAAAUUUUAUUACAUGUACUUGAUGUGCAAUGAUUUUAUUUUCGUUUCACGUGCAUGCGCCUUGGUGAUUAAUUUCAAUUGUGCAAUUGUUCUACUACCAAUGAAUCGAUUCAUUAAUUCCUGCAUACGCACGCAAUUACUAAAGCACACUAAGCGUACAGUAAGGCGAAUAAUAGAUCAUGUAAAGACACUUCACAUACUAUCAGCAUUCAGUAUCUCUAUUGCAAGCGUGAUUCAUACAAUCUUUCACUUGGUUAAUAUUUUUUAUUUUCGUAAAAACUUUUCUAAAGUUGUAAAGAGUAUCAACAUCGCAGACUCCAAGGAAGAUACAACUCUAUGGAACUUUCUAUUAACUAUGCCUGGAUGGACAGGAGCUUUAAUGUUGCUCAUACUGGCUUUAAUUGUUAUGACAUCACUGAAAGCUGUGCAAGCUGAACGCAAUGAAGUAUUUAAGCGUGUUCAUCAUUUAUCGUUUAUAUUUCUAAUCUUAUCAAUGUUUCACGGAUUCGGAAACGUGACAAAGUAUCUUGUAAACAUGGAUAUGCAUCCAAUGGAAUGUCAUAAUACAAAAGACAUUGCUAACUUACCACAAUGCAAAGAAGAACCAAAAUUUCAACAUGUAACGCCAUCGACUUGGAAAUGGAUGUAUGGUCCAUUAAUAAUUCAUUUAAUUGAUCGUACCAUUCGCUUCAUCCGGUCGUUUAAAAUUAGUGAUUUAGUUCAGGUAAAAAUACACUACGGAAAUGUGAUGGAGUUAGUAUUUGUAAAAGAGGGAUUUCAAGCUAGACCUGGACAGUAUAUUCUUCUGCAGUGCCCAGAAAUUGCUGAAUUUGAAUGGCAUCCGUUUACUCUUACAAAGUGUCCUUCUGGCAGUGAAGAAGUUGAGAAGAGAUUUUCAGUUCAUGUAAAAGUGUCAGGCGAUUGGACAGGAAAUCUAUUCAACUUAAUCACAUCCAUGUAUAGUUUAAAACGUGUUGGCAGUACGUGUAUUUUAUUGAUAAACGAUAUAACGGCACCAACAUUCAGAGUUGAUGGUCCUUAUGGAAGUCCCAAUCAGGAUGGAUUUCAUCAUCGCGUAAAUGUUAGCAUUGCUACUGGGAUAGGAAUUACGCCGUUUGCAGCUAAACUUAAUUUCCUCAGACAUUUUAAUCCUAACAAAGUCCACAAAAAUUUCAAACUUGAAAAACUACAUUUGAUUUGGGUUUGUAAAGAUGUAAACGAAUUUAGUUGGGUUGUUGAUUUAAUCAAAGAAGUGAGAAAGCAUUUAAUUGAGAUCGAACGAGAAGAUAUUUUGACAGUCCAAUUAUUCGUGACUCAAAAAUACAAAGUCAAUAUUGAAUCACAAGUUCAAAUGCUGGAGAACACUUUUCCACAAUGUGAAGGCUGUGUAACUGAGGAAUGGUUUGAAGAUAAUAUGAGACAAGGUCGACCAGACUUUAAAGACGAACUGACAAAAAUAGCCAUGCAAUACGAAAGAGAAAUCAUUGGAUUGUUUUACUGUGGAGGACAAGAAUUGGGGAGAAUAAUAAGCGAUAUUUCCCUUAAAGUUAACCAAAGAGGCAACACGUUUAUUUUUAGAAGAGAGAAAUUUUAAUUAAACUUUGUAUACUUCUUUACGACUUUUGUAUUUUGUAUUUAUAUGAAAUUGUAACAUCCAUAACAUUUUCAAAUACAAUGCAGAACCGAUCUUAAAUGUACUUACGAUGUGACUUAGGGAGCAAUAUUUUUAAUUUCUUAGAACAAAAUUACUAUAGUAUACCAAGUAAAAAACGGCUAACAAUUUGUUUGGGUUCUCGCAUUUUUGGGCUACUCUUUUUCUGCAUGUCAGUUGUUCAAAACAUCUCAAAAUUCUCCUUCCUUUUAUAACAUUAUUGGGUGGGGAGGGGGGGGCUAAGCAUCGUGACGCCAUAUGAAGAUAAAACCAAUAACACUACGCAGAUACAUAACGUUUGCUGUGUUUGCAAAAUACAGUGGGGGACAGGACGGGUCAUAGGUCGUAAUUACCAAUUUUUUUGCCAAUUCUCUAAGGUGAACCUCAGU